UCUUUAAGCCGGUACGGAAGUAACUGCAGUAUUGACGCAACACUCAGUGGAAGGUCAGGAUUUUCCUCUGCCGUGAAUUUUAACACUUAGCUACUCUUGUUUAACCAAACAACCGGCGACAAAGGCGCAGCCGGUUUCUACGUCCAGCAGUUACGGGACUUCAUGACACUAACGGCGGUGACUCCGAGCAGUAACGGUCACACGGUUACUUAACGCUGCGGUCCGGGACGAGUAUUCGUCUUUGAAUCUGACAGCGCGUCACAGCUCGCUUCAACUCUAACCCCCGAUGUCUGCGCCACAAUGCACCCGGCUGAGCGGAGCGCUGGUGAAACAAGUGCUGGACUCGGUGGACAGCGUCCUGUUCGACUGCGACGGGGUCAUCUGGCGAGGGGACCAGGCCGUCCCCGGCGCCCCGCAGGUCAUAAACCUGCUCAAGGAAAGAGGGAAGCGGGUCUUCUUCGUCACCAACAACAGCACCAAGACGAGGAAGAUGUACGUCGACAAAAUGUCCACGUUGGGGUUCAACGCGAGGGAAGACGAGGUGUUCGGCACGGCGUACUGCUCCGCGAUGUACCUGAAGACUGUCUGCGAGCUGCGGGGGAAAGUGUACCUGAUCGGAAGCGACGCGAUGAGAGAGGAGCUGGAGGCGGUGGGGAUCCAGCAGACCGGCGUGGGACCGGACCACGUCGUCGGGAAGCAGAACGACUGGGCCAACGUGCCCCUGGACCCCGACGUGAAGGCGGUGGUGGUCGGGUUCGAUGAACACUUCAGUUACAUGAAAGUAAACAGAGCCAUGCAGUACCUGACCCAGCCGGCCUGUCUGUUCGUGGGAACAAACAGGGACAGCAGGCUGCCCCUGGAGGGGGGCAAGGCCGUCCCAGGUACAGGCUGCCUGCUGCAGGCCGUGGAGACAGCCGCCCAGCGCCAGGCCCAGACGGUGGGCAAACCCAACCAAUUCAUGUUCGACUGCGUGGCGUCCAAAUUCGGCGUGGACCCCGACCGCUGCCUGAUGGUGGGCGACCGCUUGGACACGGACAUCAUGCUGGGCUCCAACUGCGGCCUGAAGACCCUCCUCACCCUCACGGGGGUCAGCACUGUGGCGGAGGCCGAGGCCCAUCAGAAGAGCGGCUGCGUCGAGAGGCAGAGGAUGGUGCCGGAUUAUUACGUGGAGAGCAUCGCAGACCUUCUUCCGGCUCUGCAGGGAUGAAACCAGCAGCAAGUCCGGCAGGAAUGGCGUAUAGCGACGUGAUAGCUGAGCAGCUUUAAACCCGUGAAAUCUGGCUCGCCUGUCACAUGCCAGACUCCAUUGUCUUCUAAAAGGGAAUAUUUGUCAUUGGAUUAAAAUGAUUAAUCAUCUCUAACUAAGUCACAGCCAAGCAGCUUGCUGAUGCGUGACAGACGAGACAAAGACUCCAAUAUUUAACUAAACCACUAUUAAAACAUGCUAAUUUAACAUGAUAUUAACGAUUGAUUUAUUAAUAAUAAUGUAAGAACAAGGAUUUACAGUAUUGUUUAAAUGUGUGUAUGUUGCUUUUUGGGUGAGUCAGGAAAGUGUACUUUAAAAGAACCAGCCUGUGAUGCAAUCCCGCCCCACCCCACCCCCAUCCUUAAGCAACUAAGUCAAACUCGAGGAGGGAAAUGAGCACACAAGAUGUGUCCACAGUUUUGUAGUAUGUGCGUCCAGAUCUACAGCUGUUUUAGAGUAUAAAUAAUAGGCACAGAUGGGGCCAAAGGGCACUGAACUGGGUCCGACCUGAGUUUUCAGUUUUCUUCACACCUCAGCAGAACAUUUACAGUGGUACUCCUGGUGUGGUGCAAUGCUACCCGGCUCUGUCAUGUUAGUUCAGUAGUGAAACAGGGACUAGUAGUCGUACAUGUUUAAAAGCUCCCCCAAUCUUUCUUUUCCGUCUGUUUCCUCUGACUUGUCCUUGACUCCACAAAUCACUGAAAGCAAUGCUCCAUUAUACAAAUAAAAUUCAAACUAUCUUUACUAAA